CGCUCGGAGCGGCUCUGCAGGAGGCAGGCGGGCAGGACCAGGCGGCCGGUCUCGCCUCGGGAGCAGUCAUGGCGGAGCAGCCAAAGCCCACUCAGGCGCCCAUCAGCCCCCUGAAGAACUUCUUCGCGGGGGGCUUCGGGGGCGUCUGUUUGGUCUUCGUGGGACACCCGCUGGACACCAUCAAGGUUAGGCUACAGACUCAACCAAAACCAUUGCCAGGACAAUCUCUACUCUAUUCUGGGACCUUUGACUGCUUCAGGAAGACUCUUGUGAAAGAGGGAGUCCGUGGCUUGUAUAAAGGGAUGGCAGCUCCAAUUGUUGGAGUGACCCCCAUGUUUGCCGUGUGCUUCUUUGGAUUUGGCUUGGGCAAGAAACUCCAGCAGAGGACUCCCGAUGACGUCUUGACAUAUCCCCAGCUCUUUGCAGCAGGCAUGUUAUCUGGGGUGUUCACCACUGCAAUCAUGGCUCCAGGAGAGAGGAUCAAGUGCCUUCUACAGAUCCAGGCAGCAUCAGGUGAAGUUAAGUACGGGGGCCCCAUGGACUGCGCCAAACAGCUAUACCGUGAGGCUGGCAUUCGAGGCGUGUACAAAGGAACAGUGCUCACCCUCAUGAGAGAUGUUCCAGCGAGUGGGAUGUACUUCAUGACCUAUGAAUGGCUGAAAAAUAUUUUGACACCUCAAGGGCAGAGUGUCAGUGACCUCAGUGUUCCCAGUAUCCUCUUCGCCGGUGGCAUGGCAGGGAUUUUUAACUGGGCUGUUGGUAUCCCUCCGGACGUGUUGAAAUCCCGCUUCCAGACAGCUCCUCCAGGAAAGUAUCCCAAUGGCUUCAGAGAUGUUUUGCGAGAACUUGUUCGAGAGGAGGGAGUGAUGUCCCUAUACAAGGGAUUCACUGCUGUGAUGAUCAGGGCCUUUCCCGCCAAUGCAGCCUGUUUCCUUGGCUUUGAAGUUGCCAUGAAGUGCCUUAACUGGCUUGUACCAAGUCUGUGAGGACCAAUACAAAGUGUUACUAAGAGAAACCCAGGACAAGAAGAAGACUGCAACUGCAUCAGUGGAGUAAAACAGAAUUAUGAAUUGAACUAAGCUAUAGAAAUGACUUUCUAAUAACCAUUUUUUCUUGCCUUACUUGCUCCCUCCGGGGUGGGACCGUGUUGCCAUUUGGAAUCUUGAGCUGCAUCUCUUCCCGUCAAGAGUUCAAGAAGAGUUCAAAACUCACACCUCUGCCUUCUGAACUCAAAAUUAUCAAGAGUGAUAAUGCUGCUGCUAGAAAAACCUCCUUGCUAUUAACAGACAUCAAGAGUUCUUUCCCUCCUUUGUCUUAUACCUCUUUUGGGAGUAAAGGAGGAACAUUUUAAUCCCCCCCUUUUUAUUUUAGUAAAGAAGUGCAUUGUUGGUGAUAGUACCAAAUACCUUUUGAUGGGGAAAUGGGGCGGGGUGGAACUAGCCACAGUGCACUGAAUUCUCAGGAUAGAAUUUCACACUUAACUGCAUGUGCUGAUGUAAGAAAGUCAUUUUGCUUGGACUUACAGAUAUUGGGCACGGCUUGCCCAGUUUCUUCUGCAAGCUCAAUUGAAAUGAAUUGGACCUGUACAGUAGCAUUUGUGCUCAUGUGUGAGUCCCAUUCAUUUCAAUGGCACUCGUGUGGAACACAGUCAUGGCAGGUACUGACCAUAAGAGCCCCCACUUGUGGCCUUGAGGUGUGUGACCCAACAGACAAUAGCAUGUAAAUGCUAUCUUGAACUAGUUCAUGUAAACCAAGGAUGGGGCCCUCCAGAUGUUGUAAGACUGCAGUUCCCAUCAGCACUAGCUAGCAUAGCCAGUGGUGGAAGGUGAUGAGAGUUACAAUCCAGGAACAUCUGGAGGGACACAUGCUCCACACCCCUGAUGUAAACUUUAGCAAAUAGAAGAAAACAGAACUAAAAUUAACAGGGUCUUGGAGCUUCUCAGUACAGGUGAUUGAUUAAGACUUCAUUGAUGACUUACCUUGUAUUACCUUGUGAUGAAAACCUCAACCAAAUGAAAUGCAAAGGUAACGGGGUGAUUCACAAGGGUUUUAUUUUUGCAGGUCCCAGCCUGUUUGGCUGACAUGGGAAGUCAGCGCAGAAACACUUUAAAAAAAAGACCACCUUUCUGCAAAAUACUAUUCCAAGUGGUGCUUUCUGGGCAACUGGGUAACACCUUGGGCCACAACUUCACAAGUGCCAUGCAACCUCAUGGUUAUGUUUGGGGUGCCAAAUUAUGAACUUUUAUGCAUGUGGUACCUAUGCCUGUAUAAUGAUGGUUUUAAAGGAAGGUGCUUUUUUAAAAAAAACUAAACAAAAACACACACGCCUUCCUUCUAAAGUUGAAGGAGACUGAAAUAGGAUAACCAACUACAAAGUGAUUCAGUUUUCACUGCAGUUAUGCCUCAAGAGGACUUUAUUACAUAUAAUCAUAUUUUUUUUAAGCUGAAGCACAUGCCAUGCACAGAUAAUAGAAGCAUUACUAUCAAUCUGUAAAGAUCUGUAAGACUUUUCAGUGGGAUGAAAUUAUAUUGUUGCUCAGGACUUAGUAAAGUUUGCUGGUUCUUA